UAUUUAGGUUUUUGUUAUCCUUAUUGCUGCCGGCCACUGCCAGGGCCACCAACACAAAGACAAGUACAGCCCCACGAAGGAAAGUCACCAACAUCGUACAGCCCGACGCUGAAAAUCUAUGCUUUUGACCUUUAUUCACCUCUUCCCCUCUCCCUCCAAAUUUAAAACCCUAUUCAGUGCUCCACUCCAACGCCAGCAGAGCAGACGCAGCAACAGGACAACCUCACUCCCAUUAUUCCUCUGUCAGAUUCUCCGCAACCUUUCCACCGACAAAACUGCCGGCCCGCCACCCCCAACAGCCUCCGCAGAGCCCUCAGUCUCAGUCGAUAAAUUCUUCUCAAUUCCCCCUUCUUCUCCCAUGGCACCCGUUGAUCCUCACUCCUUCACAGACUCGACUCACCCCCUCACAACCCACAUCUCCCUUUCUCUCUACUUUGACUUCCCAUCAUCCACCAUCCUCGCCUCCACCCUCAUCUCCCUCCCUACCACCCACUCUGGCCCUUUCACGCUUGACACCCGCUCCCUCUCCAUAACCUCAGUUCUUGAUCCCACCACCCUCACCCCACUCCCCUUUACCCUCACCCCACCAAUCCCUCAUCCUGUUUUCGGCCAGUCCCUCAUCAUCACCCUCUCCAAUCACUCCCAAGUCAUCAUCAUCUCCAAAACCUCAGCUUCUAGCUCAGCCCUUCAGUGGCUUUCGCCCCCGCAAACAUUUAAUAAAGCCUUUCCUUUUGUUUAUACCCAGUGCCAGUCCAUCCAUGCUAGGUCUAUUUUCCCUUGCCAGGAUACCCCUGCUGCCCGCAUUCGUUAUGAUGCUAAGUUGAAUAUCCCCCGCCAACUGUUCGCUGUUAUGUCCGCGAGACAUGUUGAUAGGCGGGCCCCUGUUGUCGGGUCUGGUGAGGCUAGGGGAGCUUGUGAUGAUUCUCUCUGGUGUGGGGAUGAUAGGGUUGUGGACGAUUUUUUGAUGGAGCAGCCUAUACCGCCUUAUUUGUUUGCUUUUGCUGUUGGAGAGUUGGGGUUCAGGGAUGUGGGACCACGCUCGAGGGUGUAUUCGGAGGCGGCUCCAGCAGUGUUGGAUGCUGCUGCUAGGGAGUUUGCUGGGACAGAGGAUAUGAUCAGGGUUGGGGAGAAACUUUUUGGGCCUUAUGACUGGGAGAGGUUCGAUUUGUUGGUGCUGCCCCCGAGUUUUCCUUAUGGUGGGAUGGAGAAUCCGCGGAUGGUGUUCUUGACACCCACUGUCAUCAAGGGUGAUGCCACUGGGGCGCAGGUGGUGGCUCAUGAACUUGCUCAUAGCUGGACGGGAAACUUGAUUACUAACAAGACCAAUGAACAUUUCUGGUUGAAUGAGGGUUUUACCACUUACGCGGAGCGGCGAAUAGUGGAAGCUGUGCAGGGGGAAGACAGAGCUGCACUGAAUAUUGGAAUUGGUUGGAAGGGGCUUGUCGAUGCAGUUGAGAGAUUCAAGGAUAACAUGGAGUUUACAAAGCUGAAAACGAACCAAGAAGGUGUGGAUCCAGAUGAAAUAUAUUCUGAGAUUCCAUAUGAGAAAGGUUUCCAGUUUUUGUGGCGUAUUGAGAGACAGAUUGGAAGACCUGCAUUUGAUGAAUUCAUCAAAAAGUACAUUGCAACCUUCAAGUUCCAAUCUAUUGAUACAGACACGUUUCUCAAUUUCUUAAAAGCUAACGUACCUGGAAUUGAGAAUCAGAUUGAUUUAAAACUAUGGACAGAAGGUAUUGGCAUCCCACCUGACGCCAUGGAGCCAGUUUCCAGUAUCUAUACAAAGAUUGUGUCACUGGCUAAUGAGUUUAAACUAGGCAGGAUGCCGAGGGAGGAUGAAGUUGCCGACUGGCAUGGACAAGAGUGGGAGCUUUACCUUGAGAACCUGCCUAAAUAUGUUGAAGCUUCACAAGCUUUAGCUUUGGAUGCUCGCUAUAGGCUUUCAGAAUCAAAAGACUAUGAGGUCAAGGUUGCUUUUCUUCAGCUGGCGAUUGCAUCCAAGUGCAGAGACUAUUUUGGUGAGGUGGAGAAAACUCUAAAAGAAGUUGGGAGGAUGAAGUACCUUCGCCCACUUUAUACUGCUCUUGUUCAAGGUGCUGGAAAGGAUGAAGAGAAAAUUUUUGCGAAGAGGGUGUUCUCAGAAGCUCGAGAUUGCUACCAUCCAAUAGCUCAGGGAGUGGUUGAGACCAUCCUGGGAAAAUACGUGUAAAAUAGCAUAUAUGUUCGAACAAUAUGCACUAAUCUAAUUUCUGAUGUAACUUUUGAUGUCUGGUAUCUUACGUGCUGGUGCCUUAAAUGCUUAAAAGCUAAAUCAUCCUUCUGGGUGCUUUUGUUGAUCUAGAUUUCUUUCUAACUA